UCCAGCAGAUAGUUCAGUUCAACUUUAAAAGCAGAUAUGGCUGCAACGCUCCCUGUUGUUAUCGUGUUAAUUUGCCUCAUGGCAGGUUUCACAAAAAGCCAAUAUAAGUUAUCUCACAGGACAUUUUCUUUACAAAGUGAUAAUGUGCCCGCGGAAAUUCCUUGCUCCAGUGAUAAGUUGAAGUUUCCUUCGAAUUUCGAUGCGGUAGUGCAGUUACCGCUAAGUGUCUCCACAAAGGGUAUUAUUUUGCCAAUGGAUGGAGCUUUAAUCUUACCCGAAGGUAGCGCUCUACAGUUUCUUCCUGAAAAUCAUAAAAAUUGUCGAGGCAAGGAUGUAGUAUCUCCGCUUAUCACUCAGCCCGUACGUAUCAACUGGUUUGAUUCGAAAACAUGGAAAAAUCUUCCAGAUCAGGAACUGCAAUCUAUUCCUGAUGUCGAGCGGAUUCCUUGUAGCGGUGAUACAAUAUCGAUGACGGUGAAAAGAGCUACGUCGGUAGAUUUGGAUAGUGCGAGAAGCUUAAGUCAUGGCAAUUUUUAUUUAGAUGGACGAGAAGUUAGUUCUGUGGAACUGCAGAAGUUUUUCAAAACGGAAUUGGGGCAGUUUAUGUUCAAGUGGGCGGACAGUACGAAGGUUGAGGCAGAAUCGUCAUCGGUUUGUGGGUGUCAUGAUGAGAGAUAUACUCUUGAGUUCCAGCUUCGUGUUUGCAGCGAGUUGACCGAAGAGUGUCCUAUUCCAAAAUGCUUUAAUCCAAUUGUUCCCCUUGGAUUCUGCUGUGAAAUUUGCGGUGCCGCAUUUAGGAUGUACAUAAGUGAUUGCAGUAAAUUUGAUCAGGCGGGAUUUGAGCGGCAAAUUAAAGAACUUUCUAAGCAAAUGAACUUCGAGAAUAAGAUCUUUGGAUACGGUUCACUUAUUCGGGAAAACAAUAGAACAUUUUAUCAGUAUAUUGUCACUGAUUCUGGAGAUUACAAUGAGAAUAGUGUUCGCUUCGUCAAGGAAAUGCAGAAGAAGUUCACUUCAGGAAAUCGGGAAAUAUUCCAUUCUGGAAUGUUUUAUGCUCCAAAUUCUGGAUUUUCGAUUUGGACAAUUAUCGUCUCCACAUUUUUCGUUGUUGUAACAUUUUUCCUAAUACUUUACGCACAUUAUGAACGAAAUAUAUUUUCAUCCGGACCAUUUCCAUCAUGGCUAGUCUUUAAUCGUCACAGGAUUUUCCACUCACCAUUUGUUUUCGCACGAUUUGAAAAUAAUCCAGUGGCUGAUGUUGAGGUUACUGAAAGUGUCGUUGUUGGACUGGAACAAGGAAGAGUUCGGGAGGAUCAAGAAGCUUCCGCUACUGGAACGACAACUUCCUUUCAUAAUCCCAUGUUUUGUGAAAAGGAAAUUAAACAAGCAGAAACUAUGAAAUCAUCUACACCAGAUGCUGGGAAAGGUUCUGCAUCUAAAGAUGACAAACAAUCUACUUUUACUGAUUCAGGACAUCAGAUGGAAGAACUUAAGGAUGAGGACGACGGGGAAGAGAUGGUGGAGGUUGAUUUAGGUUCUGAAAUAAGUAGCGGAGAAUAAUUGUGAGUUUGGUUGAAAUAUGGAAAUAUAAACUAUGCACAGUGAGAUUUAUCUGAUUUAUAUCUCGAACGGAGAUUGCAGAAUCGUCCAAAAAGGCUGAACUUACCAAUUGUAAAAUAUGAAGACCGAAAUAUAGCAUAUUAUGAA